GUCACUAUUUGGCCCCUUUUUCUCUCUCUAGGGUUUUCAUUUCGUUUGAAAUUUGAAAAUUUCGCAGGCGCAUAGCUGACGGUCCGACGGAGUCUCUCGCUCUCUCUGUCGUUAUCUAUGUCUCUUGCUCCUCGGAAUCGGAAUUUCUAGGGCUUUUGUUGUUGAACUCAUCCCGAGUUCAUGAAGGAUUCACAGCGAAUAGCCAUGAAUAUGCGCCGAGGCUCGAAGGUUUGGGUGGAGGAUAAGGAUUUGGCUUGGGUCGCUGCUGAGAUUGUUGGUUCUUCCGACAAGAAAGUCCAAGUUGAAAUUGCUUCAGGGAAGAAGGUUUCGGUGUCUCCGGAAAAGCUGUUCCCGAGGGAUGCCGAUGAUGAAGAGCAUAAUGGAGUCGAUGAUAUGACCAAGCUGACGUACUUGCACGAGCCUGGUGUGCUUUAUACUCUUCAGAAGAGAUAUGCUCUUAAUGAUAUAUAUACAUAUACUGGAAGCAUUUUGAUAGCUGUUAAUCCAUUUAAGAAGCUCCCGCAUCUUUACAAUGUACACAUGAUGGAGCAGUAUAAGGGAGCGCCAUUCGGGGAGCUUAGUCCUCAUGUUUUUGCAGUUGCUGAUGUUGCAUACAGAGCGAUGAUUGAUGAUGGUAGAAGCCAGUCUAUACUCGUUAGUGGAGAAAGUGGUGCUGGGAAAACUGAGACAACGAAACUAAUCAUGCAGUAUCUUACAUUUGUUGGGGGACGUGCUGCGGAAGAUGACCAGACAGUUGAGCAGCAAGUUCUUGAAUCGAAUCCUCUCUUGGAAGCAUUUGGCAACGCAAAAACAGUUAGAAAUGAUAAUUCAAGCCGUUUUGGAAAGUUUGUUGAGAUUCAGUUCGAUGCAAAUGGUAGAAUAUCUGGUGCUGCAAUCAGAACUUAUCUUCUGGAGAGAUCACGUGUAGUCCAGAUAACAGACCCUGAAAGAAACUAUCAUUGUUUCUAUCAGUUGUGCGCUUCUGGGAAUGAUGCAGAAAAAUAUAACUUACAAAAUCCUCGUCAGUUUCAUUAUCUAAAUCAAAGCAAGACUUUUGAACUAGAGGGAGUAAGUAAUGCAGAGGAGUACGUGAAGACAAGGAGGGCCAUGGAUAUUGUAGGCAUGAGCGACGAAGAGCAGGAAGCUAUAUUUCGCACUUUGGCUGCGAUUCUGCAUCUUGGAAAUGUUAAGUUCUCCCCUGGAAAGGAGCAUGACUCUUCAGCCAUAAAGGAUCAGGAAUCUAGCUUUCAUCUCCAGAUGGCUGCAGAUCUUUUCAAGUGUGAUGUGAAUCUUCUACUGGCUUCUCUCUGCACUCGUACGAUUCUGACCCGUGAAGGCAUCAUUGUGAAAGCUCUUGACUGUAAUGCUGCUGUUGCCAGCCGGGAUGUUCUUGCGAAGACUGUUUAUGCUCGUCUAUUCGACUGGCUGGUGGAUAAAAUUAAUAGAUCUGUGGGUCAAGAUCCGGAUUCUCGUAUUCGAAUAGGAGUUUUGGAUAUUUAUGGCUUUGAAUGCUUUAAGAAUAACAGUUUUGAACAAUUUUGCAUCAAUUUCGCGAAUGAAAAGCUUCAACAGCAUUUCAAUGAGCAUGUGUUCAAGAUGGAGCAGGAUGAGUACAGAAAAGAAGAAAUUAAUUGGAGUUAUAUCGAGUUUAUUGACAACCAAGAUGUUCUGGACCUCAUCGAGAAGAAACCUAUUGGGGUAAUUGCACUCUUGGAUGAAGCUUGCAUGUUCCCGAGGUCGACUCAUGAAUCAUUUUCGAUGAAGCUGUUCCAGAACUUUAGAUCUCAUACAAGGUUGGAGAAAACAAAAUUCUCGGAGACAGAUUUUACUCUCUCUCACUAUGCUGGCAAGGUUACUUAUCAAACGGAUACAUUUUUGGAUAAAAACCGUGAUUAUGCAAUUGUAGAGCAUUGUAAUCUGCUGUCUUCCUCCAAAUGUCCUUUUGUUUCUGGGCUUUUCACUUCACCUUCAGAGGAGUCUGCCAGAUCCUCGUACAAAUUUUCUUCUGUGGCUUCGAGAUUUAAGCAACAACUCCAAGCCCUCAUGGAAACUCUCAGCUCAACGGAACCUCAUUACGUUAGGUGUGUGAAGCCAAACUCACUCAACAGACCUCAAAAGUUCGAGAAUCUCAGUGUUUUGCAUCAACUGCGUUGUGGGGGUGUUUUGGAAGCUGUUCGAAUAAGUCUUGCAGGGUAUCCUACACGGAGGAGCUAUUCAGAAUUUGUGGAUCGCUUUGGGCUACUAGCUUCAGAAUUCAUGGAUGGAAGUUAUGAUGAGAAGGCUUUGACUGAAAAAAUCCUGAGGAAAUUAAAUCUUGGGAAUUUUCAGUUAGGUAGGACAAAAGUGUUCCUCAGAGCAGGUCAAAUUGGGAUUUUAGACUCUAGGCGGGCUGAGGUUCUUGACAACUCUGCAAGACUCAUUCAGCGUAGACUGAGAACAUUUGUCACACAUCAGAACUUCAUAUCUGUGCGGGCUUCUGCAGUUGCACUUCAAGCACGCUGUAGAGGAUGCCUUGCUCGAAAUGUUUAUGUUGCAAAAAGGAAUGCAGCGGCUGCUGUCUUGAUACAGAAGCAUGUCCGUAUGUGGCUAUCAAGAUGUGCAUUUAUGAAACUUGUUUCUGCUGCUAUUGUCAUACAAUCUGGUGUCCGUGGUGACUCGGCUCGGUUGAAAUUUUUCAAUCGGAAGGAGCACAGAGCUGCUACAAUAAUUCAGGCUUGCUGGAGAAUGUAUAAGUUCCGCUCAGCAUUUCGGCACCGCCAGUCUUUCAUUAUUGCUAUUCAGUGUCGUUGGCGACAGAAGCUUGCGAAAAGAGAGUUUCGAAGGCUUAAACAGUCUGCUAAUGAAGCUGGAGCUUUGCGCUUAGCAAAAACUAAGCUCGAGAAGCAGUUAGAAGAUCUUGAAUGGCGAUUACAACUCGAGAAACGACUAAGAAUGAGUAGUGACGAGUCUAAGUCAGUUGAAAUAUCCAAACUCCAGAAAAUGUUGGAAUCCUUGAACCUUGAAUUAGAUGCAUCUAAGUUGGCUACCAUUAAUGAGUGCAACAAGAAUGCUAUGCUGCAAAAGCAAUUAGAGUUAUCCAUGAAGGAGAAGUCUGCUGUUGAAAGAGAGCUUAAAGGAAUGACUGAGCUCCGAAAGGAAAAUAUCUUGCUGAAGAAUUCAAUGAGCUUAUUGGAAAAGAAGAAUCUGACGCUGGAGAUGGAGCUUGUCAAAGCUCAAAAAGAUUGCAACAACACAUUACAGAAGUUGAAGGAAGUUGAAGAAAAGUGCUCUGAACUCCAGACAAGUGUCCAGAGUCUUGAGGAGAAGCUCUCUCACUUGGAGAAUGAGAACCAUGUUUUGCGGCAAAAGACACUGAGUCCAUCCCCAACAACCAAUCGCCCUGUUGUAGGAAAAACAUUUGAUGAAAAACACUCUAGUGCCCUUGUUCCAACCCAGAAUGACAAGAAAUCACUGUUUGAGUCUCCGACACCUUCGAAACUCAUUAUACCAUUUUCACGUAGCAUGUCAGAGUCACGUCGAUCUAAAUUAACCGCAGAAAGAAACCAGGAGAAUUAUGAAGUGCUCUCCAGAUGUAUAAAAGAGAAACUGGGAUUUGUUAAUGAUAAGCCACUUGCUGCUUGUAUAAUAUACAAAUGUCUUCUUCACUGGCAUGCCUUUGAAUCUGAGAGGACGGCCAUAUUUGACUUUAUCAUUGAGGGGAUCAAUGAAGCUCUCAAGGGUAGUGAUGAGAACAGCAUAUUACCAUAUUGGCUGUCAAAUGCUUCAGCACUUCUAUGCCUCUUGCAGAGAAAUCUUCGAUCAAAUGGUUUUCUACAUGCAGGUGCUCAGAAUUCUACACGAUCUGCCAGUUUACCUGGGAGGGUUGGCUAUGGAAUAAAGUCGCCUUUUAAAUACUUUGGCCUUGAUGGUGGUGUGCCGCAUGUUGAAGCAAGAUAUCCAGCAAUACUCUUUAAACAGCAACUGACUGCUUGUGUGGAGAAGAUUUAUGGUUUAAUUCGUGACAAUUUGAAGAAAGAAUUAGCACCACUUCUGGCUUUGUGCAUUCAGGCACCAAAAGCUGCACGAGGAAUUGCUGGAAAAACUUCUAGAUCACCAGGUGGUGUGACACCGCAAUCGCCAAGUAGUCAAUGGGACAGCAUACUGAAAUUCUUGGAUUCUCUUAUGGCCCGCUUACGUGAAAAUCAUGUACCCUCGUUUUUUAUCCGGAAGCUUGUGACUCAGGUUUUCUCUUUUAUCAACCUGUCGCUUUUCAACAGUCUUCUCCUUCGACGUGAAUGUUGCACCUUUUCGAAUGGGGAAUAUGUAAAAUCUGGGCUUGCUGAGUUGGAGAAAUGGAUAGCCAAUGCAAAGGAGGAGUUUGCAGGAACAUCGUGGCACGAGCUAAAAUAUAUCAGACAAGCUGUUGGAUUUUUGGUUAUACACCAGAAAAGAAAAAAAUCGUUGGACGAGAUCAGGCAUGAUCUGUGCCCGGCAUUGACAAUAAGGCAAAUAUAUCGCAUAAGUACAAUGUACUGGGAUGAUAAGUACGGAACACAGAGCGUCUCAAACGAGGUGGUUGCUGAAAUGAGGGUACUUCUGGACAAGGAUAGCCAGAAUCUGACAUCAAACUCGUUCUUAUUGGACGACGAUAUGAGCAUCCCGUUCUCAGUUGAAGACGUAGACCAGGCCAUCCCCGUGAUCGAUCCAUCAGGCGUAGAACUCCCUAAAUUUGUAUCAGAAUACGCUUGCUCGCAAUUCUUGAUGACCCCAUUACACAAGUAAAAACUGCCCCCGGUCGGUCCGUAAAUCAAAUCAACUAAACAGAAGUAAACUCUUCCUUAUCAUUUCAUCAUAUCAUAUCAUAUGAAGAGAGAAAAAAAUAAUGAAACCGAGUGUGUGCAGAAUUGGAGUGUAGAAUGAUAGAUACUACGCAUAGCCCUCUAAAAGGCCUCGAGUGUUUUGUUUAUGGGAGCCAUUAAAGGGCACUUACGUUAGCUGGGAGCUUUAGUUACUUUGGUACAGCUUUUUUUUUUUUAAGUCUCACCUCUCUCUUUUUUCUUUUUCUUCUGCGAGUUCCCAAACUGUAAAAUUGUAGCCUCAGAUUUCCAGCUUGUAGCUUCUGUGUAUAUAAAUGAAUUUCUACUCAUCCUCUGAAAGUUUUUGCUUAUGAAUUA